UUCUUCGUUAUAUUAUUUAAUUUCAGAAAGUGUCGCAAGCCAAACAUGAUAGAUAAUAACGUCGUGGAACGAGACACAACAACCGAUAGCUUAGAAGAGACGGAGGACUGCAAUAAUGAAACACCGCAGUGCAGUGAGAGCCCCCUACCCCCACUACAUAAUGAAAUACUGAUAAACAUCUUCUCCUAUUUGCCAUAUACCGACCUGACGCAAGCGCGCUUAGUUUGCCGGCUUUGGAUGGAGGCUGUCGCCUACACGAGAUUUGCAAAGAAAUUCUGUUUAAAAAUCAAAGAAGAUAAUGUACAGGAUAUUUGGCGGCAAUUACAAGAUAAAAAUAACACCUUCGCAAGCGGCAUGAUAUAUAACCAUAUGGUAUACAUGGGCAUUGAUGCCGAACAGCGGGAGGAAUUAUCAUUUAUAUUGCAGAAAAUUGGUAGACACGUGCGUAGCUUAAAACUGAAAACCCUGCAUGGCCUUGACGACUUGUAUGAGUGCUUUCCGAAAUUGGAACGUUUAACGUUAGAGGAUUUGUAUGUAUUUCCAACGCCUUUGCCAUUCGAAUUGAAUGCAUUCGACGGCUUAAAAAGCAUACACUUUGUGGACGAUUCGGUGCGACAAAGCUCAUCGGAAGCCUUACUCGCCAUUUGUUUGCGAGCGAAAACUACAGUUAAGCUCGAGGAGUUGAGCAUACGUGUCUACGCUGAGCACGCGGAACUCUUUCUGGCUGUGCUACAGGAUCAUGCGGACACUUUGAAGAGUCUGCAUGUGGUUUAUUUCGAAUCAAUAAACGAACCAAAUUUGCUGGUACAAAAAUGGAUGACAACCUUCUGUCGACUUAAGAAGUUGGAGAAAAUUAAAAUUUACGCCUGUAAUACGCAGAUUUUUGAGGGUACACUGAAGUGUUUGGAAGAAUUGCCUUUGCGUUAUUUGGAGGUGGAUUGCUUGAGGCCAGUAAAUCCAAAUAUUUGCAAACUACUGGAAUCGUGUUCCAAAAGACUCGAGCACCUCGCAUUCUUCAACUUCUAUCUGCCGAAAAGCAUAGCGGGCAUGCGUAUAAUAAGCAAUUGUUGUCGGCACUUGAAAAAGCUCAUACUGAGUUAUACGCGCCUAGUCGAGGAGGAUGAGCUCUGUAAUAUAGCAAGUAAUCUAGUGAAUUUGGAGGUGUUGGUACUGCAAUAUUGUAAGAAUGCGGUGACGAAUCGUUCGUUGGCAGCCAUUUUCAAACAUAUAACGGGUUUGCGCGAACUAGAUUUGAGUGGCAACAAUGAUUUCGAUGUUAAUGCAUUAAGAGGCAGCGGCGUUAAUCCGUUUCCGAUUCAACGCCUGCAAAGUUUGGAGAAACUGAAUUUGAAAUCAUGCCAACAACUAUCGAAUGACGAAUAUUUAGCAACACUAAAAUUUCCAUUUUUGCGUAGUUUAAGUUUUGGGCAUGGCAUGUAUACCGACAGUGGCAUACAGACUUUGGUGACACAGUGUCCACUGUUGGAGGAACUAAUCAUUACCUAUUGCCCAACAUUGGGUCGUAGCACUUUGUUUUGUAUAGCGAAAGCAUUGCCACGCCUACGCGUGCUGCAUCUGCUGCAUUGCGCCCAAGUGGACAAGUCUGUGCGCCUGAUACUCUAUAGUGCGUGUCCGCUUCUGGCGGACUUAGAAAUCUCCGAAAAGCGCACACUAACGAAGACAUAUUUUCAUCAGUAGUGUGAAUUGUUUGAAGAUAGACGAAACCAGUGAUGUUUAUGUUUUGUUUUGUUUCUUGAAGUACUCUUUUCUAGCUUAGACAAGUAUUUCUAUAUUAGUUUCUUGAGAACGGCAAUCUUUAUAUGCAAAAUAGCGUUAAUGAAAAAAAAAUGUAAUUAAGUACUUAUCAGUAAACAUAUGUUAGAUUUUGUAUACUAAUUUUCGUAUAAUAAUCUAUGUAAUUAUAAUGUGUAGACAUACAUAUAUACAUAUGUAUAUUAAUAUAAUAUAUGUUCAGAUCCAUAAAAGACGAUUGUUUACGUGAUGAAAGCCUCAGCAAAUAAUUUUACAUAUAAUUAAUAGUAAUGCAUUUAUUCUCAACACUAUAAAAAUAGAAUAUAGUUUUAAUAAAAAAAAUGACACUAAUCAAAUUUGAAAUAAA